AUGAGCUUGGAAAUGAAUUGUGACGACCUCAAAAUCAAGACUAUGAAGGACCAACCUGAUCAGAAGCUAAAUGCAGGGAAAGCUAGAGGUCCCCAUUUUCUUUCUUCUCCCUGGUGGUGCCCUGCUACUGUGACUCUAGGCAUCCUUUGUCUGGGACUCCUGGUGACCAUUAUAAUACAAAGACUACAAUUAUCCCAGGUGUCUGAUCUUCUAAAGCAGCAGCAAGCAAACAUUACUCACCAGGAAAAUAUACUGGAGGGACAAAUGUUAGCUCAGCAGCAGGCAGAAGAAGCUUCCCAAGAGUCACAAAAGGAACUCAAGGAUAUGAUAAAAACGCUUGCUGACAAGCUGGAUGAGAAAUCCAAGAAGCAAAUGGAACUUCAACAACAGAACCUGAAUCUUCAAGAAGCUCUGAAGAGAGCAGCAAAUUUUUCAGGUCCUUGUCCGGAAAACUGGCUUUGGCAUGGAGAAAGCUGUUACUUAUUUUCCUCUAGCCCAUUCAACUGGGAAAAGAGCCAAGAGAACUGCUUGUCUUUGGAUGCUUACUUGCUGAAAAUUAAUAGCAUAAGCGAUCUGGAAUUCAUCCAAACAGCCAGUGCCCAUUCAGGCUUUCCAUUCUGGAUGGGGUUAUCUCACAGAAAACCUAGCAACGCAUGGUUGUGGGAGGAUGGUUCUCCAUGGAUGUCCCAUCUGUUUAGACUCCAGGGUGCUGUUUCCAAGACAUACUCAUCAGGCACCUGUGCAUAUAUACAAAGGGGAAUUGUUUAUGCUGACAACUGCAUUCUAGCUGCAUACAGUAUAUGUCAGAAGAAGGCAAAUCUCUUGGGAGUACAGUGA